AAGGGGAGAUAGAGAGGGAUCAAUAUGUUCUUAAUGGAAACCACUGAAUGAAAUAGUCUGUGCCUCACAGAGAUGUUAUAUGUCAAUAUUUCUCUAUUCUCCAAACUCGUAAAAACUAGACGAAAUCAAUGAAUUGACGUGCUAUUCUCUUAGAAAGAACGUAUAUUUUGUUGCGAUUUUUUUCCUCCCCACUGCAGCAGUGCUUACUGGUUGUAUUGUAGCGCGGCAUAUAAAAUAUCCGAUAAGAAGGAAAUAACAACAAAAACACGCAUACACACUUGUGCGUUUCUUCCGGUAUGAAUUUGGCAAUAUGUUAUGUAAACUGUGCGUUUGCGUUUGAUUCUACAAAGCGAACUUAACGACUAGGAAAUGUUUUGACUUUUAGAAUUAUUGCUACUUCACUGUGUGCCUUAUAUUAAUUGGAUAGUACUUUGUUAAGUCUUUAUUGGACAUUAAUCAACCAUAUAUUGGGAUUUAUAUAUAAUGUUCAGAUAUUGGUUAAUUUUUCAGUGAAGAAAAAAUAGCCAUGCCUAAAUUGGUCGGAUAUUUAUAUUGGACGAUUAUUGUCGGCACAGAUUUAUUGGCAUACAUCAUUUGAUCAUUUGUCGAUGGCGGAGAAUUGUUUUGAACCUGUGAAUGGAUUUCAUGUGACUGAAGCCGACAAGUCCGAGGGACGGGCCGACGGGGACAGUCUUAACAUAGACGAGGAUGAAGGACGUGAAGCAGACGAACAUUUUGACACGCGGUGUGGGAUCGGGGCGUGUCGUCCCAGUUUACUCCAGAGGUGCAAUAAUCCACAAGUUCUUUUAGUGUGCCUAUGCGUCUAUACAUUAGUACAUGGGUUUGCUGUAAAUGGAAUAAACAAUGUGAACACCACCUCUUACGAACGUCGCUUUGACUUGACAAGCUCGUCUGUCGGCUGGAUUUGCAGCAGCUUUGAUAUUUCCGCGGCAAUAUGUGGUGUCGUCAUAGGUUUCUAUGGCAACAGGAGGAAAAAGGGAAGAAUCCUUACCGGUGCUUUCAUCCUAUCGUCUAUUGGGUCCUUAUGUAUGUGGCUACCCCAUUUUAUAACACCACGGUAUGAGUGGGGACAGGGCCAGUCACAUUUGUGUUCAGCAAAAAGCGCAGUAUUACCAGAUGCAGAAGAAAGAUGCAGAGAAGGCGAUUGGACGUUAUCAAGUUUUCUAACGUUGCUUCUGAUUGGCCAGUUGAUGCAUGGCCUGGGAGGAUCAACUUUAAUAACUGUCGGAUACUCUUUUAUAGACGACAGCGUUACAGCUGCGACGUCACCUUUAUAUAUCUCUAUGAUUGGUUUAUGUCAGAUGCUGGGCCCCAUGAUUGGCUUCCUGGUUGGUGGAAUGUUACUGGAUGUGUAUGUGGACUUUGAACGAUUGCCAAAAUCAGAGUGGGAAUUAACACCAACAGAUCCACGAUGGGUUGGUGCUUGGUGGGUCGGAUUCUUCAUCUCUUCAAUCCUAAUGUUUAUAUUCGCUCUGCCUUUUUCUCUGUUUGGUGCCGAACUUCCGACUGCGAAACAUGUGAGAGAAACAAGAAUAUCUGAGACUCACGACAAUGGCGAAGAUAAAAAACUUGAUGGCACGUUGUCAAUCAGUAAAUUUCCAGUAUUACUUUGUCGUCUGCUCAAGAAUCCUGCGUUUAUGUGCGUUGCAUUCGCCGGAGCGUUCAUGGGUUUAGUGACCAUUUCCAUGGCAACGUUCUUGCCUAAGUAUAUACAGAAUAUUUAUGGUACAACGGCGUCGGCCGCUGCUACGUAUGCUGGUCUUCUGGUAAUACCUGGUGCUGCUCUUGGUCAAAUGUUUGGAGGUUUUGUGAUCAGACGAUGGAGGUUGAAAGUUCAAUCCAUCUUAAAGUUUCUUAUGGCCGUCGUGACUUUGGCUAUGCUUAGUAAAGCAUGUUUCUUUAUUAAUUGCGACAUUGUCGUCUGGAAUACAAACAUAACAGAUAGCCAACCUGUUACGUCAUUAUCGUUUGAAGAAUGUAGCGCAAGCUGCCAUUGUGACGACAGUGUGUUCCAGGUUGUUUGUGACAGAGAGGGGCGGAAGUACUACUCACCUUGUUUAGCAGGUUGCAAAGGUGAAUUGGCCAACAAGAUGUAUUCGGACUGUAAGUGUGUGUUAUCAAGGACGAAUGUCACUUCAGUUACCAUGGAGAAUUGUAUUCCAUCCACUUGCAACUCACUGCUGUAUAUUUUCCUGUUUAUGAUAUUUCUAUCAGCAUUUUUUGUUUCAAGUAGUACCGUGCCUGCCUUGACAGUGGUGCUGAGGUGUGCACAUGAAAAUGAGCGAACGUUUGCACUGGGUUUGCUAAACUUUAUUGCCCGAGUAAUUGGAACGAUACCGGGGCCUAUAUUAUACGGAUCGGUGAUAGAUUCAACUUGUCAAAAAUGGGGCAAGAAAUGCGACCAUAACACUUCCUGUUGGAAGUACGACAAUGCCAGAAUGGGGGAAUUUCUAGCCUUUCUCGGUAUGGGUUUCACGGGAAUAGCCACAUUGUUCUUCUUUUUGUCCUACAAGCUUUAUAAACCUCCAGUUCCAAAGAAAAAAGAGACGAUCAUAGAAAAGGAACCUAUUAGCGGAACAGAUCUUGAUUCACCGGUUGGAAUAUGUUCCAUACCGGAAAUCACGGAGGACACGAGAUUAUAAGGGCAUCUGUAUAUAUAAUAAUCUGUAUUCGCAUGUUAUUUGUUCACAUAUAUAUGUUAUAUCAACUCAGGCUUCUUGUUACAAAGUUAAAACCGAAAUGUUCAGGACAAUAUUCAGAUAUAAGUGUUAUAUAAUUCGACGAUGAUACGGGGUACAUACUAAAGAUUUGUUUUUUAUGUAGAAUUGAUUGAUUAAUAACAAAGGGACUAUUUUUACAUCAUACUCGUCAGAGUUGUCGUUCGUUGACUUCCGGUUCAGAGCGACUUCCGGUUCAGUGCGUUGUGACGUCAACUGUGAGAGAGAUCAUGGCUGUAAGAUAUCGGUAUAAAAUCUGUACAUAGAGGCCUAUUGCAAAAUAUACCGGCCAAUUUGUAAACUAUGUAAACCUCUGCCGUGUAUUUAGAAAAUGUAGUUAUAUUUAUGUCAAAGCGGUAUGUCUCCAUUAGAAAUUUAUCGUAUCUAAUUCCGGCACGUGAAAACGAGAAUUUUAUGUUAGUACAACCAAAUACAUUUAACAGUUGAAUGAUGUGUCAACACUAUAAACUUUAAAUUAAAAAUCAAAACCGAUUUGGACUAUUCCUAUGCAAUUUUGAAGUAAGCAAUAUACAAAGUAACCAAAGAUCUUAGCCGCCUUAUACAAUCUAAUGUAAGUCGCAAGUAUAGUAUGGUGUUGCAAUCUGUAAACGUUUUGAUGAAAUAAUAUUUACUCCAGGUUUAUUAAUUAUUACUGAUUUAGUUUCAUCUGUAUUUUAAGAUAGUCACACCAUUCAAACCGCUCGUGGUGUAUUACAGGUAUACAAAACUUGGCCGGUCACUUGUCUUGAUGCAUCACAAACAUACGCGAUUUCUAGUGUUUUGUUACGUAGAUUUUCGAGUAAUUUGGUCAAAAGUUUUAGAAAAAAAACAACAACAAAAAAAAAAAAAUAAAAAAAAAUUGAUAUCAACAUAUUCUAAUUUUAAAAUAGACAUAUUCUUAUUCUAAAAGGUAUUUUCCAACAUAUUCAGCAUCCCUGGAAAUGUUUUCGGCUUAAAGUUACGAUAUAUUUUAGAGUUAAUGGCGCAGGCCUGUAAGGGGAGAUCACUGCAAAUAUUGAUUAAAUGUAUCCUGGGAAAUUUAUCCCGCUAUCACUGUAAAGUGAUGUGGUUUGAACAUAUGUGACAGGAUGUGAUCUAGUUAAACAUUUUAGUAUUAUUCUCACAAAUUAAAUUUCCGAGCCAAUAUUCCACAGGGACUUUAUUGUCAUUAUUUUAACGACAUGGCUUAACAUAAAGUGUGGAAAAUUCAUUUGCUGACAAAAGUGAAAUCUGUACGUUAACGAUAAAUUAAGUAGACCAAUUUAUAACACAUUCGUGUUUCAAUAUGUCUCUUGAAUCUUGUCUAAUGUUUUUCUUUCAUUUUAAAGCAAUUUCUAUCUCCUCGAUUGAAAAUAUCUAAUGCCAAUAAAAAGUAGUCUGUUUAUUUUUUUUCUUUAACAGUCAAAACCAUUGUAAAAAUGGAUUUAAGCUUUUAUUAUAAAGCGUCUUAACUGAAGCCAACUUGUUCGUCAAAUGAAUAAAUUACCAAGAAUUGCAAACGUGACGGUCAAUUCUGUAACCGGUAGUACACUGUGUGGCGCUGAUUCUAUAUGAUCGGUAUUACACGAUGGCAUAUUUUUCUUUGCUGCGUUUCCUCACACUUGGAAAUUUAUAAUAAUUAUAUACGCGGUAAAACACACAAUCCUAUUUUGAGGCUGUCUGCAAAAACCAUUUAUAUGUAUAUAUGCAAACCACUGCCUUUACUGUGGUGUGAUAAAUAAGUUUGAAACUGGCACCUCACUUUUCCAAGAAAUAUUGACACUUUCCGGUUUUUGGUUAUAUAAACUACGACAAUCAGUUGUUUUCUUUGGUUUUACACUAUACGCAUGCGCAUCUUGUUUCUCCGAAAUCUCUGAAAGUCUUGCUCGAGCCGUUAGAGUUAAAAAGAGGUCCAAAUCAGAUAUAUUUUUUCAAAUAAAUUUUUAAAUUAACAAAUUAAAAUAUAUGAAAUGGACUCCUUUUUGUACAAACAUACAAGAAAAAGACAAACACAUACAAAGAAGAUAUCAUGCAUACAAGCAAAUUUCUGAUUGUCCGCAAGGUGCUAAUUACCUUUGUUAUAGAGAAUUUGUUUUGGCUUUUUAGCCUUUUUGGCGGUUGUUGCAUUUGGGCUACCUUACUUUUAGACUUAUAUUGUUAUAUGUUCAGGGGCACUCCCUGUGUAUAUUAAUCAAAUAUGAGCCAUGUCACGACAAAACCAACAUAGUGCGUUUGCGACCAGCAUGGAUCCAGACCAGCUUGCGCAUCCGCGCAGUCUGAUCAGGAUCCAUGCUGUUCGCUUACAAACACUAUUACAAGUAGAGAAACUGUAAGCGAACAGCAUGGAUCCUGAUCAGACUGCGCGGAUGCGCAGGCUGGUCUGGAUCCAUGCUGGUCGCAAACGCACUAUGUUUUUUUUGUCGUGACACGGCUCAAAUAUAGAUCUGUCUUUCAUUUAUUCACUCUGAUGUUACACGCGAUAGUUGUUAUUUAAUAGCAUUACAUUACGUACAUCAACUGUUGUAAUAUUUUUGUAUUAAAUAUUUGGUUUGUUGAACGAUAAA